ACAAUACCCAUAGCAGCACGCGCCCUUCUCCAUCGCACAUGCGCAGUUGCUUGUUCUACUCUAGACAGCUGUAGGAGAAAAUGGCAGCGUUCAUGCUAGGACAGCAGGCCCGCCAGUUGAGCACGUCUGUGAUCAGACCUGCAGCGAAACUGGUUAAGCCUCCCAUCCAGGUGUAUGGAGUGGAGGGCCGUUAUGCCACUGCUCUGUUCUCAGCUGCCAGUAAGCAGAGCAAACUGGACCAAGUGGAGCAAGAGUUGGGAAAAGUUUCUACCAUGAUCAAGGACCCCAAGAUGUCCAGCAUUUUAAUGAAUCCUCAUGUGAAGCGCAGCAUCAAGCAGAAGGCUUUCAGCGAUGCUCUUACAAAGGCUAAAGUUUCACCAAUCACUGUCAACCUGAUCAAUGUUUUGGCUGAUAACGGUCGUCUUACUCUAACUAGUGAUGUCAUCAACGCUUUUGGCAGGAUGAUGAGUGCACAUCGUGGAGAGGUCAUCUGCUCUGUCACUACUGCUAAGACUUUGGAUGAAGCUAAUCUCACUGAACUGAAAUUGGCUCUAAAGGACUUUCUGCAAAAGGGUGAGACCAUCAAGCUGGAAACAAAGACAGAUCCUUCAAUCCUGGGAGGCAUGAUUGUCAGCAUUGGUGACAAAUAUGUGGACAUGUCCACAAAAACAAAGAUCCAGAAGCUGACCAAAGUCAUCAGGGACACAUAAGUCCAGUGGACUUAAUUUUGAAAACCUCACCAUCAGGGGAAAUGUUGAUAAAAUGAUAUUCCUACCUGUCCUGGCACUGCCGUUGCUCCAUAAGUCCAGUGCCUGUGCUGAAGUUCAUAUAGAUGUUAAUAAAACAACAAAAACUAA